GCGCUCAAUUCAUGCGAGCAGCCGCCAUGGAGGCCCCACCGCUGUGCUGCUCUGUGUUAUUGCUGUCUUUGCCAUCGGGCGGCUUGGAGUUAUUAAACGCAGCAGCAUGACGGCGGACCAAAUCUCCCAAGCUAUAACAACCAACACACAAGCCCAUUGGAAUCGGAUGCCCUCUAAGUUUCGCAACUUCAUCCCCUCCGAAUCCUUCCCCGCCGAGAGGGGCCGCUAUGUCCUCUACGUUAACUACUGCUGUCCUUGGGCACACCGCACCAUAAUCGUCCAUGCAUUGAAGGGCUUAGAGGACAUUGUGGAGUUGGUCGAGGUGGACGCAAGAGACAGGACACAUGGCUGGUGGUUCUCUGGGAGAAGAGGUCCGGACCGAGACCCCUUGUACGGCGGCAGAUACAUGAAGGAGCUAUAUCUGAGGGCCGACCCGCAAUACAAUGGAAGGAUUACUGUGCCCAUGUUGUGGGACACGAAGCAUGAAACUAUUGUAAACAACGAGAGUAGCGAGAUCAUUCGGAUGUUCUCUGAAGCAUUCGAUGAUUUCCUACCCCCCGAGAAGCAAGAGAGGAAUAAGGGAGCGGCUGCACUCGUCCCAAAGCAUAUCCAGCCUCAGAUCGACAAGCUGAAUGCGUGGGUGUACGAUACCAUCAACAACGGUGUUUACAAGACUGGAUUUGCGGGGUCACAGAGUGCCUACGAUGAGCAUGUCACCAGGCUUUUCCAAUCUCUCGAUCGACUUGAGCUCCAUCUAGGCGACAACACUCAUAACCCUUAUCUCUUUGGAGAGCAUAUCACGGAGGCAGACAUACGGUUGUACACGACCUUAAUCCGAUUUGAUGUUGCAUAUUAUACUCUCUUUAAGUGUAACAUCAAAAUGAUUCGACUGGACUACCCUCUAAUUCACGCAUGGCUGCGACGACUAUAUUGGAACGAGGGUCCGGAGACAGCAGGAGGUGUCUUCAAGCACACCACCAAUUUCGCAGAAAUUAAGCGUGGUUACUCAACGGUCGCCGCUGGAAACGGAGUAGUACCAGCGGGGCCUAUGCCGUACAUCUUGCCCCUAUGAGCGUUCCUAUCGUACUUUCGUGGAUUCGAAUUUCUGCCAUUCCGAACAUUAACCGUACAUAACUCUUCUGGUUACCGUUUCUCGCAUAGCAGCUACACUUGUAGCUUUACUUGUCAAUAGCCUGACAUCGCGCCCUGCUCGCAAGAAUGAGACUCAUGCACUGGAUAAGCAAGUCAUUGAGAGUGCAAUAUAGACUAAG